GUCCUGAAUUCCACACGUGUGUAUGCGUGCUCAGCUGCAAUCAUGGCAGAUCUUCAGAUGAGGCUUCUUCGGCAGAAAAUCCAGAAAAGAAGCGAAAAGAACAAAGAGCGAAAGCUCCUUAGGAAACAGAAACAAGAGGAAGAUAAUGGUAACUGUUUUGAAGUAGUAUUGAAAUCAUUGUCGACAAGUUGUAUUGACACUAUCGCGCUAGCCAACCUCGAAGCAAGGCUAGUAGGUAGCUAGCUAGCUAACUAUGUCUCUGAUGGGUGUAUUUACGGGGUUGAUGUCUCUCGGAAAUCACGCAUAAAACAGCCUUUUAGUUGAUACACGUAGCUAAAUCACCGAUCGUAUUAACGAGGGAAUGAACAAACCAUUCCAUUAGUUUGUUUCUAGCUAGCUAGUUACCACUGUUUAUUUUGGUAGUUAACGUAGCUAGCUAACGUUAGCCAUUAGCUAGUGAAACAAGAAAUACAUCCUAGGUAAUUGUUAUUUACAUUUACAUUUACGUCAUUUAGCAGACGCUCUUAUCCAGAGCGACUUACAGUUAGUGAGUGCAUAAUUAUUAUUUUUUAUACUGGCCCCCCGUGGGAAUCGAACCCACAACUCUGGCGUUGCAAGCGCCAUGCUCUACCAACUGAGCUACACGGGGCCCAUCGCUCGCAUGUUGAUUUUGUCCAUCCACACCAGACAAUAUCAAAACCAACUCUGAACCACCUAUAUUAAUUUGGGGACAGGUCGAAACGCAUGAAACAUUCAUGGCCAUUUAGCUAGCUUGCUGUUGCUAGCUUAUUUGACCUGAAAUGCACAAGGUCCUCAACUCGGACAACGAAUCCACAGAUAAAAGGGUAAUCCUAGUUAGUUUCUAGUUAUCUCUCCUCCUUCAGUCUUCUUCUUCAGUUCAGCUUUCAAUUCCCCACAUGGGUAUAUGCUACUAAAACCAAUGAGGAGAUGGGAGAGGCGCCUGUCAAAAAUCUACUUUAAUAUAACAUCUAAAUAAUUUAACAAAUGCAAAAUACACACUUACUGUACACUGUGUUAACCGGUUUUAACAGUUGCAGCCAAACGGAUUUUUCAAUGACAACACAUUUGUGGCGUCUGUCUUCAGUUUACACACAGGGAUUCGGAGACGAAGAUAGCACUAGCACAGGUAGUCCACUCUGUUGUCCGUAUUUUUUCCGUAAACAUGCGCGGUAACCCUAACUCUAUAAAGUUGUGUAUCAAUUUAACCUUUUGUUUUUUGAACAUUAUUUAUUGCCAAUUACACACAUGUUAAUGUUCAGACCGAGCGUGGCACUUCUUAACAAAACUCUCCCCUACAGAAGGCGCCUUCAUCCAAUGACUGUGUGUUAUGUAAUGCAACAGAUUCAUGAUCAAGGACUAGCUUGUAGUACUAGUUGAAUGAUUGCCUCCUUUGCCUGGUUGAUGUGAUUUUGUAUUCUGUGUAUUCACAGAUGAUGCAAACAAACUUCCAGAGGAGUGUUGUGAUGAAACGAGUCAUGGGGCCACAGCAAUUUCAAAGCUACAGAAUGCCAAACCCAUGAAGAAGCAGCAAAAACAGAAGAAUGUGUCUGCAGAGGUGGACACAGAAGAACAUUCUGUCAAGAUGAAAAGGAAGCUCAACACUGCUGAAUCGCCAGGUAAUGUUGUGUAACGUUACUAUUCAGUCACUGAUUUAAAUUGUUGUAGCUAGAAUGAUAUUCUGAUAUUAUGCACCUUUCAAGAAGGCCAGGGUAAAUGGCUACGUGUCAGUUUACCAAGUCAAUUCAUGUUUUCCUUGUCAAAGUAUAUUCAUAUGCUUCUAACGUAGGUAUGAAAAAAGCCAAGAAGGACAAGGCAGAUGAUGAGGAGGAUAUGGAGGAGGAGAAGGGAAUGACUGUGACUGAGGAGGAUGCUGAUCAGGCCACAGACAAACCCACACAGCCUCUUGAAGGGGCAGAGGCUGGAGAGGAGGAGGAGGAAGAUGAUGACGAGGAGGAGGAUGAUGAAGAGGGAAGUGAAGAUGAGGCGGAAAAGGGUGAAGGAGAGAAGUUUGGGGAUGAUGAGGAGGAGGAGGAAGAUGGACCAGAGCUCCCAACUGGCUUGACAGGUAUUCAAUGUUCAUAGGUCAAUCAGAGGCCUUUACACUAACAAAUGUUAGCCUUGUCAACUGUGCAUGUUAUCUGUAGCAGUAAUUUCUCAGUAUUAGAUAUGGGUAAUGAACUAUUUACAAUUUAGCCUCUGCAAGCCUACAAAUAUGUAUAAUAUUCUGUAUUUUAUCCAUGUCCUGCCUGGUAACCAUGGCCACAAAAAAACUUCACUCAUCAUGAGAGGCUGCAGUUGCUUGCAGGUCUGCGUACCCACAUGUGCAUCCCCUCCACCACCCCAUUGUGAGCAAACCAUUUUUGCAGCCCGCCUCUUGACAGUGGAGAGCAUUUUAUUUUAUUUUAGAGUUAAUUUAGCAGUUUUAAAGAAAGUUUGCUGCAAUUCUGCACAUUUUGGCAUGGGGGCAGUGAGAAGAUAUUGCCAUUUUAUAACGAAUUCCAUGCAGUUCUACUCAUUUUGCCAUGGGGUUGAGCGGUACAUUUGCUGUUUUACAGCUAAUUUCCUGCAAUUCUAAACAUUUUGCCAUAGGGUGGAGAGAAAUGUUUGCAGUUUUUUGUCCUACCAAAUCCGGAUAGCGCUGCUGGGUGAUUUUAAAAAGUCAUAGUCAAUCGAUCAAUAAUAUAAUAAUACUCUUAGCAAAACAUUUUAUCUUUAAUUUACAAUUUGUAGAAAGUAUGAGAAUAGAAAAGGUUCAGAACUUUUGUGAAACAUCACAGCACAGUUGAAAAAUAUAUGGCAAAUAUAAAUCAAAACUGGAUGGUGUUCAGAGAUGGAUGGGAGGGGUUGAGGGUAGCUGAAGGAUGGGACUAAAAACAAACAAAAUAACUAUUGUAAAAUAUACUGUGUACGUAAAAUGUACAGUGCAUUCGGAAAGUAUUCAUACUCCUUGACUUUUUCCACAUUUUGUUACGUUACAGCCUUAUUCUAAAAUGAAUUUAAUUGCUGAUGCAAAGGGUCUGAAUACUUAAGUAAAUGUAAUAUUUCAGUUUUUUAUUCUUAAUACAUUUGCACACAUUUCUAGAAACCUGUUUUCACUUUGUCAUUAUGGGGUAUUGUGUGUAGAUUGAGGGGGGGGAAACUAUUGUAUACAUUAUAGAAUAAGACUGUAACGUAAUAAAAUUUGGAAAAAGUCAAGGUGUCUGAAUACUUUCCGAAUGCACUGGAUGUAGUAUGUAUAAGCUGGAAGUAGAAGCCUACGUGUUGUCUAUUAGUUUCCUCCAAUUAGGGGAGAGGUGGUAGGGUUAGGGGAAAAUGAUAAAGGAAAAUAUAUUUUUUUAAAUAUACAGUACCAGUCAAAAGUUUGGACACCUACUCAUUCAAGGGUUUUUCUUUGUUUUUACUAUUUUCUACAUUGUAGAAUAAUAGUAAAGACAUCAAAACUAUGAAAUAACACAUAUGGAAUCAUGUAGUAACCAAAAAAGUGUUCAACAAAUAUUUGAGAUUUUUCAAAUAGCCACCCUUUGCCUUGAUGACAGCUUUGCACACUCUUGGCAUUCUCUCAACCAGCUUCACCUGGAAUGCUUUUCCAAAAGUCUUGGGAGUUCCCACAUAUGCUUAGCACUUAUUGGCUGCUUUUCCUUCACUCUGCCGUCCGACUCAUCCCAAACCAAAAUUUCCACCGGUCUAAUGUCCAUUGCUCGUGUAUCUUGGCCCAAGCAGGUCUCUUCUUAUUAUUGGUGUGCUUUAGUAGUGGUUUCUUUGCAGCAAUUCGACCAUGGAGGCCGUCAUUGUAAAUAAGAAUUUGUUCUUAACUGACAUGCCUAGUUAAAUAAAGGUAAAUAAAAUAAAAUGGAGGCCUGAUUCACACAGUCUCCUCUAAACAGUUGAUGUUGAGAUGUGUCUGUGACUUGAACGCUGAAGCAUUUAUUUGGGCUGCAAUUUCUGAGGCUGGUAACUCUAAUGAACUUAUCCUGUGAAGCAGAGGUAACUCUGGGUCUUCCAUUCCUGUGGCGGUCCUCAUGAGAGCCAGUUUCAUCAUAGCGCUUGAUGGUUUUUGUGACUGCACUUGAAGUAACUUUAAAAGUUAUUGAAAUGUUCCGUAUUGACUGACCUUCAUUUCUUAAAGUAAUGAUGGACUGUCGUUUCUCUUUGCUUAAUAGAGCUGUUCUUGCCAUAAUAUGGACUUGUUCUUUUACCAAAUAGGGCUAUCUUCUGAAUACCACCCCUACCAUGUCACAACACAACUGAUUGGCUCAAACGCAUUAAGAAGGAAAGAAAUUCCACAAAUUAACUUAACAAGGCACUCCUGUUAAUUGAAAUGCAUUCCAGGUGACUACCUCAUGAAUCUGGUUGAGAGAAUGCCAAGAGUGUGCAAAGCUGUCAUCAAGGCAAAGGGUGGCUAUUUGAAGAAUCUCAAAUAUCUCACAUUUUGAUUUGUUUAACACUUUUUUGGUUACUACAUGAUUCCAUAUGUGUUAUUUCAUAGUUUUGAUGUCUUCACUAUUAUUGUACAAUGUAAUAAUAAAAAAAGUACAAAUAAAGAAAAACCCUUGAAUGAGUAGGUGUGUCCAAACUUUUGACUGGUAGUGUAUAUAUUUAUUUACCAGAAAAUUUUCUUUAUUUUUACUAUAAAUAAGUAAAGUUGCCUAUUUAGGUAAUCCUUAGUCAGUCUUCUUGCCGUGUCAGUGCUGGAGUAGAGACCUUCUAUGCCAAGCCCAUGCAGGUUUGAACUCUGACUGGUUUCUGUAUCCCAGGUGCAUUUGAGGACACGUCGUUUGCCUCUCUAGCCUCUCUGGUGAGUGAGAGCACUCUAAAGGGUGUGAAGGAGAUGGGCUUUGACCACAUGACUGAGAUCCAACACAAAAGCAUCCGCCCCCUACUGGAGGGAAGGUAAGCCUACAGUUUAUCUCCCAAGGUUUUUAUUAGCCAGAAUUUCAACCUGUAAAUGCAUCCCUGUACCUCUACAAGGCUGACUAAAACAGAGCUCUGUAAUAUCCGACUAGGGGUGUGGCAGUCCAUUAAAUGUUGUCCGCCUGUAAUUGUCAUGCACGGUCUCACAGUAAUUGAUCGUUAAUUAACAUAAACAUGUUUAGCAUCUCCGGGCUUCCCCGCAUACAAGCUGCUGAUUGAUGCGCGCAUUUGGAACAUCUACAAGUCUAAUAAAUCCAGUUCAUAUAGCCUACACCUUCACAAUAAAAUCCAUUAUUUAUUUAAUUGUGAUAGGCCUAUAAACCUGUGAAUGUCUUAGAAAUUAAAAGCAUGAUGUGACUAUAUUGAUGAUUUGGAAAAAGUAAUGCGCUCUGAUCCUUGUGCUUCCCACGGAGAGAGAGGCAAUUCCAUUGCUGCUCUGCUGGUGUGGCAAGCCAGUUAGGGGAUAUCGAAUCAAUGGAAGAUGGAAUUAAAAUGACAGAAUUAAAAAUGAAAUGAGAAAAGCUACAACGAUCAAAAGCCAACCUGGUAGGCUGCUAUUUAGGCUAUAAUCUGAAUGGAGUUAUGUCUAGGUUAACAUACACUCACUCAUGCACACACCCAUUCAGACAUACAUAGACACACACAUACAUUCAUGCUACACACAUCACAACUACUGCUACCAGACUCUUAUUAUACUGCUCAAUUUAUACACUGCCCCCAUCCCACCCUUCCCCAAUACACGUGUUAAUAUUGGGCAAUAAAUUGUGCCUUCCUGUAUUAUACUUAUGCUAAAAAAAAGUGUUCUAUUCUUCUGCCAUUUACUGUUCGUAUUCUUAUCAUUUCUUAUUGUUGUUACAUUGUCGAAGGAACCUGCAAGUAAGCGUUUCGUUGGACGAUGUAUACCAUGCGUAUUCCGUACUUACCACUAAUAAAACGCAGUUAGCCUCAAUUAGCCUAGUUGGCUAGCUUCUCUCGGUUUGAUGCAGUCAAUUGGCCCAGGGUAGGGGAGGGAAUGGCCGGCAGGAAUGUAGCUCAGUUGGUAGAGCAUGGCGUUUGCAACGCCAGGGGUUGUGGGUUCAAUUCCCACAGGGGGCCAGUAUGAAAAAUAAAAUAAAAAAUAAUAGUGUACCACUAACUGUAAGUCGCUCUGGAUAAGAGCGUCUGCUAAAUGACUUUCUAAAAUAAAUAAAAUGAAGACCGGUACUAUUUAUUCUGAUGGAAUGAUAAAUAACUAGCAAAAAGUUAAGUGGUUGCUGUCUCUCCCUCCUUGCCUGCUCCGAGCCUCUGCUCCCUAGUAGCAUACAGGUGCUCGCUCUGUCCCUCGCUCCCUUUCUCCAUGGCUCCAGUUUAAUAAAGUAGCAAAACAAUUGGCUUUUCUGCUGCUUCCCUCACUCGGAUCGGACCGGGUCCAUAAGGGGACAUGUUUGGUUGUCCUUUCGGUAGGGAUUUUAAAUAUAUGCAUAUUGGGUCCCAUCACCAUUUGUCCUCAUUGUUCAUAUUAUUCCAAUUCAAUCAUAUAGUUAGAGAGCGAUUAGAGGGACAAUGGAGCACUGAGUACCAUGCCAUUAGCAAAGGCUGUUAGCAAGUUUGGUAGGCUACCCCAUCAAUGCCAUUCAUUUACGCAGUUUUGGAUGGGAUUACCGUGAUCAACAGAAUUUGACUGCUUUCAUGACUCGUGACUGCUGGUGUGGCGAUAAUACGGUCACCGCAACAGCCCUAUCCAGGACCACCAAAAGUUGGCAAAUUGCAUCCUAGAAUCAGCCCUACAGGACUGAUAAUGAACUGAGUAAUGUUGUUUUUGGUUGACUUCCUUUGCACUUUUGAAUAUUCCUAGAGAUGUCCUGGCUGCUGCUAAGACUGGCAGUGGUAAAACCCUGGCCUUCCUCAUCCCCUCCAUCGAGCUCAUCUACAAACUCAAGUUCAUGCCCAGGAACGGUAAGAUUAGGAAAAGAUUAGGUUGAACCAAUGUUAUAAAUAUGCUGCCCCAAAGCUCGUCUUUUUUUAAGCUCUGCUAACAUCAAAGGCAUAGGGUCUAGACCAGAAGAAAGGUCUAGGAACUGAAAUGGAACUGGUCUAAGAAUCAACCCUGCUUCCCCUCUAUCCCCAGGCACAGGCGUGGUGAUCCUGUCCCCAACGCGUGAGUUGGCCAUGCAGACGUACGGCGUGAUGAAGGAGCUGAUGACCCACCACGUACACACCUUCGGCCUGAUCAUGGGCGGCAGCAACCGCACGGCCGAGGCCCAAAGGCUGGCCAACGGCGUCAACAUACUGGUGGCCACACCCGGCAGACUGCUGGACCACCUGCAGGUAACCAUGAUGAUGAGAACAGUACAUUUUACUAAAGUGCUUUUCUUAUAUUUCUGUCAAAGUGGGGACCAGGUAACCUCUAAGCCCUGCAAUUUUGACAAAGGAUUGUAUUGUAUAACGUUACAGUGUAGGUUACUUAUUUACAGAAGGAUUUUUGCACACAUUUAGUCCUGGCUCUUCAUUUGUUUCAUGCCCACCUCCUUGCUCUCUGUAGAAUACUGCUGGCUUCAUGUAUAAGAACCUCCAGUGUCUGAUCAUUGACGAAGCCGACCGUAUCCUGGAGGUCGGCUUCGAGGAGGAGCUGAAGCAGAUCAUCAAACUCCUGCCAAGUACGUACCCACAUCAUGGCCAUAACCAACCUUGCAUAUACUUUACCAUGUGAUUUGAUGUUGCUAUUUGUCUUGUGUGUAUGUCUAACUCCCAGUGUCUAACAUCAUGCAUUGUUCCUCAGAGCGGAGGCAGACCAUGCUGUUCUCGGCCACCCAGACCCGUAAGGUGGAGGACCUGGCCCGUAUCUCCCUGAAGAAGGAGCCCCUCUACGUGGGCGUGGACGACAACAAGGACAACGCCACCGUGGAUGGCCUGGAGCAGGUAAACAAAACAACUCACUGCUGCAGAGUGUGACGAUAAGCUAAGUGAAUUGCCGUAGGUUGGCCCAAGACAUGAAUUAACUGAAAGUAACAAAGCAAACGUUUUAUUGUUAGUGGUUCUGACAGCUGAUUUUGGAGUGCCGAAACUCAAAUUCAGGCAUGGUUAUGCAGGCCGUUCAGCAAGAUUUGGCCUGUAGUGGCUCUGUCCUUUCCUGUAGUGUCUGCUAGAUAGAAAUGGGGUGGUUUGAGACCCUGAUGUGUCUCCACCAUGGCAAAGUUAUAGUGAAGUCUCACACAUCAAUUAGAAUAUGUACUUGACAGGUAUGUGGUUCUCUGGUGCAUCAGAUCAGGUCUGAUAUGUAAACAUUGUCUUGGUUGCCAGGGCUACGUGGUGUGUCCGUCUGAGAAACGCUUCAUGCUGCUCUUCACCUUCCUGAAGAAGAACCGUAAGAAGAAGCUGAUGGUGUUCUUCUCCUCCUGCAUGUCGGUCAAGUUCCACUACGAGCUGCUCAACUACAUCGACCUGCCUGUCAUGGCCAUCCACGUGAGUUGUCACCUCUCAGUCUAGCAGAAGGGAAAUGGGUUUCUCUAGGACCGGUUCAGAUAGUACCUCCCUGUUUCUGACUGUCUGCUGAAAAUGACCUGUCACUUUAUUCGCUUGUCUCAGGAAGUUAUUUGGAGCCCUUUGAGUCGAAAAGACACUCAACACAUAUACAUCACUAAUUACGCCUGCACUAAAAUAUGAUUAGUCUCCGUGUCUCUAGUAACAACAACGUAGGUCCCAAGACAAGCAACAGAUUGCAGGCUACACUCUGUGUCAGUAGUCUUCGGACGAUUAUCUGGCUCAAUUUGAGCUUUGCUACAAUGAACCCCAGUCUGACCCCACAAGGCAUUCUCUCUCUCAUGGGUCUGCAGAUGAGACAACUGGUACAUCCACACUUGUGUCUUAAGGCCCUGUACCAUUAUAACACAUCUUAUGAUAUGAACCAAUAUUGCGCUAUAGGAUUGAACACACACACGUACUGUAAUAUGCUGUGCGGUUCAGCAAUGGCAUCUUAUCCUAUGUGGGCAAUGCUGUCUGUGGCUGACGUCUAAUCAUCUCUUUUUCGCUGAUCUCAGGGGAAGCAGAAGCAGACGAAGCGUACCACCACCUUCUUCCAGUUCUGUAACGCUGACUCUGGCAUCCUGCUGUGUACAGACGUGGCGGCCAGAGGCCUGGACAUCCCUGAGGUGGACUGGAUUGUACAGUAUGACCCCCCAGAUGACCCCAAGGUACCUAGUGAAGUUUGAGACACACUUUCAUGUAUCUUUGACACUAUUUAGAAAUAACCUCUAAUCUAUAGGCAUCUCCAGCCAAUGCCUCAGUGAAGCAUUAACAUUUGUUUCCCUCUUCCUUAUUUCUUCCCUCUUUCUUAUCCUAGGAAUACAUCCACAGGGUCGGCAGAACAGCUCGCGGGAUCAACGGCGUAGGCCACGCCCUCCUGAUCCUAAGGCCAGAGGAGCUGGGCUUCCUGCGCUUCCUCAAACAGGCCAAGGUAAGACCCUAACACAACCAUUUUUAACCUCAACCCAACCAUUUUUAACAUUAACCCAACCAUCUCUAUCCCAACCAUCUCUAACCUUAACUUAACCCAGCUCUUAACAGAAAAACAAGGAAAACAUGCAACUGAUUAACCAUCUUUCAGUAGUGGUGAAUUAUGUUUUAAAAGGACAUUUUGUUUCCAUGUUGCCUCAGGUUCCUUUGAGUGAGUUUGAAUUCUCUUGGGCGAAGAUCUCCGAUAUCCAGGGUCAGGUAAGACAUGCAUCCACAUUUAUUUCUGCAUGUGAACCAGAGCUAAAUGACAUAACAUCUGUGAGAGAGAAAUGACAUAACAUAUGUGACAUAGUGGACUACAGUCGCUAAUUAAUUGAUAUGGUCAAAUGAUAAACAACAUCCUCCUAUGAACAGGAGUGAACUUCUGUGACAUUUACGCAAUUAUCUGACAAGCCUUAAUUUCCCAAUGCCAAAUUCACACAAAGGUCUUCACAUUUUGUUCUUUGAAGCUGGAGAAAUUGAUUGAGAAGAACUACUACCUGCACAAGUCAGCCCAGGAGGCCUACAAGUCCUACGUUCGGGCGUACGACUCUCAUUCGCUCAAAGCGAUCUACAGCGUAAACACGCUCAACCUCCCCAUGGUGGCGCUCUCCUUCGGCUUCAAAGUGCCCCCCUACGUCGACCUCAGUAUCCUUUUUCUACGGCCAACAACCAAGGCAUACGUUCACCAAUGUCGUUUUUCAAAGUGUUGCAUCGCCUUGGUUUAUCCAUUUGUUGUCAUGACUUCUGCAAACUUAUCCUGGCUUAUCCCAUCUAUUUAUUUAUGAUUACAAUAAUGAUACAUAGUAAUUAUAGUAUGCUUAUAUAUUUAUUUAUCAUUACCUAAUUGGUCAGUUCAGUACAGUGUUUCCCUUAACCCAGCACUCCUCUCCAGACGUCCACAGCAAAGGAGGACUGAAGAUGACGAAGAGGGGCGGAGGCGGCGGCUUCGGCUACCAGAAGGGCAAGCCCGCUCACAAAGCCAAGAUCUUCAAGCACGUCAACAAAGGCAAGGGGGACAAGAGGCAAUUCUCCCGCUAACCUGCGGACCUUGGGGGACAUUACAAAAUGGCUUCCUGACCUGGACUCUCUCCCCUCUCGCUCGCUGUCCAGAGACCUAUCUGUUAGCCUGUACUGGGCAUUGUGUCUCGCUCCCUAUUUGUGUGUGAUAGACCUAUCUCUUGGGUCGUCACUAGUUACCACAGCCACAAA